GUCUUCAUGCUUUCCUGUUCGCUGUUUUGCUUGCAGUUCAGUACUGUUUCUUUGAGUGACGUGUAAAUGUAAUGAGUGAUGGAUGUAACUUAUAUGUCAUUUUUAAAUUCUAUUUACUUUCUUACAUUCUGCUUUUUAUGUGUUAGUUCUGAUGAUACAAAUCUUGGUAAAUGUGCUGAUCCUUUAUGUUCAGUUCCUAUAGGUUUGGGUUUAACAAGUUUAAAGUAUGCAUCACCAGAUGGAAACAGGCUGAGCUUUAAUCCUAAUGAAAACGUGGAAAUAUAUGUUAAAGAUGUUGGCCCUAAAAAAGACUUAUGGGGUGUUAUGUUAAAUGGGGAGAAAGGAUAUAUUUCAAAAGGUUUUAUCAAAGAAACAAAAUCUUUUGUAAAGAAGCUGGUGUCUGCAGAAGUAGAUUUUAAAAAUUCGCACACAAGUGAUAGCUCCAGUGCAGUGACUGGUCAAGCGCAUUUGAAUAAAGAAACUCAGUCUAUGUAUGGUACUCAGUUGAAAGCAUCUGUAAAUGAUUUUAGUUUGCACACCUCUGGGAACAGUUAUUCAAGUGAUUUUAGUUCUGUUCAAAAUAGUUUUAACACAGCUCCUGAGUCACUGUCUUCAGAUAUGGAUACAGAUAUGGAUUUUUUCAUAGAAUCUGAAGAUGAAACUGUGGCUGGAAAUAAUUUUCCAUCAUCUAGUCAUGUUCAUUUUACAUCGGACAAUAUAUUACCCUCCUCUUCUUCCCAUAGGCCAAACAUAAAGCAAACAGCAUUUCAUAGUCAAGAUAUUCUUCAGUCACCUUAUCUACAGAAUACAUAUGAUAGUGAAUCAUUACAGUAUGAUCGAAGUAUCCUUCAGAAUGAGGACAGUUUUUACAAUUCAGAUAUUCAAUCAAAUACAUUUUUCUCCAGUCAUAUAGCAUCAGAAAAUAUUAACCCUGAUUCAUCUAAAAUUUCAGAUACUGUGCAGUAUUCACAACAGAAAACAGAGUUUUUUGAUCCAGAGCAGAUUUCAUAUGAUAGUCCAGAAAGCACAUGGUCUGAUUCAGAUUUGUCAGAAACUUUGUCCAUAUUAAAAAAUCGUGGCGUUUAUGAUUCAGAUAUAUAUGCAGAACAGUAUUCUGAAAGUGUUAGUUCUUAUCCCAGUCAAAAUGUUCAUGCUGAUCAACAAUCUAAGCAUGCUGAUUUUAAUUAUGUCAAACCUCUUUCUAGUCAUGUAUUACAUGCUACAGUCACUGAGCAACAAAUUAAGACUCAUUUACCAUUGCAUGAUCCUUCUGAUAUACAGCCAUCUGAAAUGAAUUAUGGCGGUGAAUCUUUCAGUCAUAUACAUUCAUCAUUACAUGAGAACGAGUUCAAGUCAGUGUCUGAUAAAACUCUUUCAUCAGAUAAUAAUGUGUAUAAGGAAAAACUGAGUAAUGUACAGAAUGAAAUAUUUCAGAAAAAUAAACAAGUUAAAGGUGCAUUAGAGAAGUCUCGCAUUAACAAAAAUGUUGUCAGUAAAAAUAAUAAAGAAAUUAAUUCUAAGACUGAACGUUUUUCAGAAGAGAAAACUUUAAAAAUAGAGGAGAAUUUAAAACCUUCAGAAAAACUAACUGUUCUAAAAACUUCAGAUAUUGAGAUUCUUAGCAGCCGUAAUCCACAGACUGAUGAUACAAUUUUGAACUCAAUCUUUGAAGACAGUGAGGAAGAGGAGAUGACGACUAUUGUAAUCAAACCUCGUAAAACAUCAAAUCCUACAUAUAUGGCUAAAACAGAUAUUCAUGUAUCUCAGCAUAUUCAAAAGGAAGACAAUCAAGCAGAGGUGAAACAGAUAGUUGAAUCAAGCAUGUCUCAGUCUGACACUGAUGAUAUCAUAAUAGAUGAUGACUCUAAAGAAGAAGUGUUUCUAAAUUCAGGCAUUGGUUCGAAUUUGGUAGUAAAACAUACUAGCAAAUCAGAUUUAGAUCAUAAUGUAACAGUAAAUAAUCUAGAUGAAGAAAAGAGUCAAGAACAGUACUUUGAAAAAAGUGUUUAUACUUCUACAGUAAAUGAAAUAGCUCACAAUAUAAAUGGAAGUGUUAAAACAGUAUAUAAUGAAAUGCCUAUUGAUGAUAUAGAUAGUCUCACUGAUAGCAAAGAUAUGCAUAAUGAUAUUUUAAUAAAGACUGAAGAUAAAGAUACUCUUAGUGAUAUUUUAAUAGAGACUGAAGAUAAAGAUACUCUUAGUGAUAUUUUAAUGGAGACUGAAGAUAAAGAUACUCUUAGUGAUAUUUUAAUAGAGACUGAAGAUAAAGAUUUUAUAAGCACUGAAAGUAUUGAUGAAACAAAAACUGAGAAUAAUGAAACAAAUUUUCCCAUAGAAAAUGACGCAGAAGUAAAUGAUGUAUUGACUAGUCCUAAUUUAAAUGGCUCAGAUGAAAGUCCAAAUUCAUUCCAGGUGAGAAAUUUAAAAGGUGAACAUUUGGCUCAAGAAGAUCAAAAUAGUGAUAGUAGGGUUGAAAAUGAAGAAAAUGUUACACAGUCAGAAUUCAAUAUCUAUAUUACGUUUGAAAAUGGAUUAAAUGCUCUAAGAUCUUUUAUGGAAGCAUUAAUGUUGUGGAUUCCUGAGCCUCUGUAUUCAGCCAUAAUGGAUCUUGAUAGAAAAGGUAUACCACCUCGUGUAACAGUUUUUACUGCAUUAAGUGCCAUUCCUUGCAUUUUUCUCAUUAUUGCCAUGGUUUAUAUAAAGGUAGGUUAAUAAUAUUAAAAUAUU